GGCGCGGGACGGGUGUCAGUGCGCGCGCGAUGCGUCCGCCGGUGCACGCGUGCAAUUUUUGCGCAGUACCAUCCCACCUAUUGUAAAGAACGCAACAUGGCUGAUUGGUCUCUGCUGCACCGCGAGUGGGCCGACUAUUACAACCCCUAUCUAUACCAAGGGUACCCGCCGUACCAGCAACAAGGGGUGGCGGUUCCACAGAAUGCGCCCCCGCCGCAAGCGCAACCGUAUAAUAUGCGGCAGAAUUCGCCGGCUCUGGCAUUGCUGCUGAAUACGCAGCGUAACCAGAUGCCUCUAGAUCCUAUUAUCUGUCCCCAACCCAGCGGAAGUGAUGAGCAGCCACCCAAAGUGGAGAGUCCUCGAGAAUUACGGAAUAAAGCUGAGAAGCAGCGGCGCGACAAGCUGAACCAGUCCAUAGCUGAAUUGGCGUCUAUGGUACCCCCUGUCGUCGCUUCUAAUAAGAAGAUUGACAAAACAGGUGUUCUGCGACUUACCGCUCACUACUUGCGCGCUCACCAGUACGUUUUCUGCAACAAAAUGGUGCAUACGAAUCCCGAUUUCAACCCGGAGUUCACCGACGCAGUGCUGAAAUUAUUCAACGGAUUUUUGAUUACUACUACAUAUAGAGGCAUAAUUGUCGUGGUGUCAAAAAAUGUACACCAAUACUUGGGUUUCCCCGAGCUUGACCUCCUGGGGCAGAACCUGGUGAAUCUGACUCAUCCGAGAGAUCGCCAAAUGCUGCUUGAGAAGCUGAAGCCAAGAAGCCAAGUUUUAGGACCAAACGGAGAGCUGUUGAUUCCAAAUGAGCCCGAUGGUGUUUACAAAGUUGUUGAGGGGUUACGUCGAGAAAAAAGAAGCUUCACCAUCAGGUUGAAGAAGCAGGGACCACGUUCCGAACCAGCGCAGUAUGUAAUGUGCCACAUCGAAGGCUCAUUCAGGAAGGCGGACGGUGCCAACCACACACUUAGCCGCUGUUGUCAGGUGGUGCGUCGCUCUCGUACACGUGGCGAAGCUCCUGAAUGCAGCGGAAACGAUAUAGUGUUCAUUGGCGUCGUGCGUCCGUCAGUCGAAACCUUCCAUUCAGAGAGCCGAAUGGAAUCGUUUUGUAUGGAGUACCGCACUCGCCACUCUGUCGAUGGGCAGAUCGUCCAAUGCGAACAGCGUAUCUCGUUGGUCACCGGCUAUAUGACCCACGAAGUCAAGGGCGUUAAUGCCAUGAAUUUUAUGCAUCGCGAUGACGUGCGCUGGGUCGCCACAGCUCUACGAGAUAUGUAUGAUCAACAUCGAUUGUUCGGAGAGUCCUGUUACCGUCUGAUCACCAAAAAUGGUCAAUUCAUUUACAUGAGGACACGUGGCCAUCUUGAUAUUGAAAAAGACUCUAAGGCCGUAACCACUUUUGUUUGCACAAACACCGUUAUUGGAGAAGAGGAGGGAAAGCGUUUGAUCAAAAUGAUGAAAAAAAGGAUCGCCUUAUUGACAAAAACGAAUGACAAACUCCUCAAAUAUGAUGAGAAUGUAACUGAAACCUUUCAGGGUACUUCAAAUCAAUUGGUUCCAGUCGAAGAUCCCAAGCAGCUUGUGAACGUCGUGUUACAUAUGGUCACAGAUUUGCCAACAUCAAAGCCAGGCAUAGCUUUGAAACAAAAUAAUCCUGCUUCUCCAUCUCAUAACUUGAGCAUAAUUCCACCAAAGAAAGAGCGUAUUGUAAGUGGGGUGGAAAAAAUUUACACCAUUUUCAAAAACAUGAUGGGUAAUACCCCUCCAGUACAGCAGACGCCAACUUGGACAGUGGAUGAACCACAAGAUGCUAUUUUGGAUAUUAAUAUGAUAAACCAGCCAUUAUUUGCGACUGAGAAUUCUUCUCGUAUCCAAGAAAUUGAUGAAUCGAACACGUUUGAAAUUUUCGAUAUGCCGUCGACAUCGACCGCUUUGUGCCAAGUGGAACCAAACUACUUUGAAGAAGGGCAGCUAAAUGUCACAUCUAACAAUUUAAUGUUUUCCGAAGCAGUGGCCGUCGAACAAUAUAAUCCCGAAUUUGGAUUGACGGCUACUUCACCUGACGUAACAUAUCAUGAUUACUUAAAUGUACAGGAAAAUGAGAUUACAUUGGAUGACUUCAUAUUUCCUGAAUUAAUUGACGAGCCACAGGGAAUACAGAGUCCUACUCAAAUUAAAUACCAUUUGGUAAUCGAUUCUGAGCAAGAUUUAAACGAAGCUUUCCAACAAGCCAACAAAAAUUCUGCUGCGAACCUGGAAUCUGACCUCAACAAAAUUGGCAUGAAGCGUCCAAAUAACUUUUCUGAAGUAGCUUCAAGUAACAAGAAAAUAUCUAACCCCAAUAUCGUUGCUGAGAACGACUUCUCCAGUGAAUUUGCGUGUCUCGAAAGUUUCUUGGACGAUGUCACUCUGAACACUCAGAUUGAAACGGCCAUUAAAUCCUUGGAGCAAACCAUCGAUCCUAGUUUCCCGGAAUUGUUGAUUUCAUCCGAGGUUCAAGAAAUUCUUGGCAAAAUAGAAGAGGAACAGAAAAACCAACAACAAUAAAUAUAAACCUUUUAAACCUUUCUAAUAUAAAUGUCUAUGUGUCGUGAGGUUUACCCAAUGGAGAGUAGAUAAUUACGUCUAAAGUUUCAUAGUAAGUUAUUGGAAUAAUAUCAAAAAGAAAAUGCAAUCAAUUUCAUUAGGCUGCAAUGCGAAUUAAUAUAUCUUUGUGUAACUACCAUUGAAACAUUAUUGCUGAUUUGAAAUUUCCAUUCUAGUUUCACGAACCUUCUAAAUAGGUUUCUCAAUAUUUUCCGAAAUAAUUGUAGGAUGUACUUCACGUAUUUUUUGUCUCUGAAUAUCAUCAUUUAUGUAACUUAUACGAGUAUUAUUAUGUUCACUGACAUUACAGACUGGUGAAUUCAUUUAAUUUAACUUAUCCAUUAUGAUGGUUUAACAUUUUUUUGUCAUCAUCUGAACUUUAGAUACGUUUUUGUAGUUUUAUUUUUUAUUUAAGGAUUUUAUUAUCAGUUACGUACAACUUUUAUUGGAAUCAUAAAUUUAUAUUUCUUUGUUAACUAACCUAACUUAAAUACUAUUGGACAAAUUAGAAAAUUAAAACGUGGUUCGCCACAUGAGCUUAAAAUAAUAUUCCUAAAUAUAUAAUAUUUCUUUGGAGAAAUUCAAAAAUUCAUAUUUUAAAUACAAAAAAAAUAAAGUUAAAAAAAACUUUAAGGUAUAAAUCUCAAAAAAAAAAUCUCUACCAAAGUCCUCUACCAAACCUAGUCUUUUUAUUUGUAUCUUUUGUGAAAACGACACGUACAAAAUCAAAGCAAACCAAAUAGUCUUGAAACACUUAAGAUAAUUUUAAACCUAGGUUUUUAAUUUACGUUUUGUAAGACUGAGUAAAUUUUAUUUGUUGGGAUUUACAUCUUUACAGUAUUGUGUAAGUCGCUCAGCAUUUCAUGUUAUUUUUUAAAUAAGUGUCCCAUUAUCCUUUUUCCGUUUAUUUUAUUUUUAUGUACAUACAAAAUACUCAAUGCAUGAUUAAAAUUUGCGGAUCAAUACGACAAAUGUUGAUUAUGAUUAAAGAUGUUAACUAACGUUUUGACAUAAUAUGUAGCGAUAUGUACACAAAUUCCGUAGACACUUCGAAAUUAUCAAUUUUAUUCCAAUGUAUACCUAUAUACUACAUACAUAUUAAUUAUUGUCUAGAUAUAGUCUUUUGAGUGAAGGAUCUUUUGUCAAAGAUCAAAGAAGGCGUUUUUGUUGAGAUUUUCUGAUGAUGGAUUUUUGAGGGUUGGUUUUUAAAAAGCAUGGAUUUUGGAACGUCAAACGAGAACGGAUUAAUUUUAAGGUAUUGUCGCGAUGAAAAAUUACGUUUAUAAUGUAAUAAUCCUUAAUAUAGGAUAUCACCAGAAAAAAUCAGACUAAGCCUAUUAGGCGAAACCUUUUUUCUGUGCUAAGCUCACUAUCUAGUACUAACUUUGUUAGCGACCGCCGGUAGAUGUCUCUCUUGGCUACAGAGCCAAACACUCAAGAACCAUAUCAGUUAAGAUAUAGGACUAUGAUAGUGAUUGAGAAUUUUCGCUAACUACUGUACCCUUAAGGGAAUUUGCUAUCAGAAUAUUCCAUAAAUAUGUUAAUUUGUGAUUUGUGUCCGAGUGUAAUUAAUUGUUUUCUACACAUGUUUCUGGCACUAAUGAUACAGUGACAAACUUAAAUCAUGCUGUGGAACGUAUUAUUAGUUUGUCUCUAAGCUUCAUCGCGACAUUUUAGGCUAAGUUUUGAUUAAUUUUACAGUUAAAUCAUAUUAAUGUGUAGCUAUUAAAAACUUCAGUGAUCUUUAUUGUAUCGCACCGUGACCGAUCAUAGAACAGGGGGAAACGAAGAAUUUCAUGUAACAUUAAAUGAACAAAUGAUUCUUAGCUAUAAGUAUGCCAUAAUCUGUUGGUAGUAGUUAUAUUAUCUUAAUAUUAAUUGAUGUUAGAUGCUCCAAGCGUACUUGUAGCGAUGAGCGUAAGAUUCUUUUCAUAUUCUUUUUUAUUAAUUUUGCUUAAAAAGUAAAAUAUAUUUUUUUUUCUAUGUCCAGAUUGCCAAAGGUAAAGAUGACUAAUAUGUUUUUAAAACCCCUAGAAAUGUUUAUACGACUGAAGAUAAAGGCCUAAACCUUGAAAAAUCCAUAGAGUUCAAUCAACCGUUCAUUAUAUUUACAUUUAUAAAUAACGAAAAUAAAAUUAUUCGCAUUCAUACUGUCAGACGUAGUAUAUUGAUGACUAUUAAUAUCGAGAUAACAUAUGUACGAUCGUAGGGGACGUACUUUGUAUUCAUGAGCAGAGUUCUGAUGCCAAUAAUGUAGAAUGUUCUGCCAACAGCAUUAAACUUUUAUAUAAUUGUUGAAUCUAAUCAGACUGAAGUUACUAUAGAUUAGUUUUUUUUUAUAUACACUUUUAAAGUCGGCAGGCUGCAUAGAUAACAGCACUUUGACAAUAGCAAUCGUUUAUUGGAUAAAACAUAUCCAGGGCCGCUUUCUCGUAUACGGACCGGCGAAUAUUAUUAGGAAGGUUACUUUUAUACAUAAUUUAAACAAACGUUAGCUACACUUAAAAAGAGAACGCCGUCGCAUUACCGAAUGUAUCUAUAUAAUUGAAUAUGCAAUUUCGAAAUGGGCACAUGUCGCAUAUUUUGUCAAAUACGUUUUUUCAUAUACAUGUAGUU